UUGCAUGAGCUUGUUUCCACUUGUCGCCGAGCUCCCAUGCUUGAGAUAUUCCCCCUGACGCCUGAUUCUUCAGUUCUUAAGGGGAGGGGUGCCGAUUGUGUUCAGAGUGUGGAAAGUGGCGUACAUUUUGAUCUUGUUUUGCUUUGCAUCUGGUUCGAGCAAGAGUAACGGAACAGUUUCGAUCGAGAGGGAGGCGUUCGAAUGGCGCCGUUGCAGCUUUUCUAAGGCCUUGCAGUUGACGAUUUUAAUUGAGAUUCAGCAGUCCGUAACUGUCAAUUUGUAAUUCUGAGAUGUUCUGGCCAACUGUGUUGCACUCGAUUUCAUCUUACUAAGGCGGUGGAAGUGCUUGUCAGGAAUCCCAUCAAAUUUAGGAGUUAUUAUCUCUGUAGUGUUUUCGUGCUUUCUUGGGCGAAUUCAUAUUGCGCUGCACUGGAAGUGGUAUGGCGUUGAGCAUUAGAUAAUCAACUGUCGGGUAAUUGAAGCUAUCUGUUGCCAAAGCAGUGACGCUUGCGCAACGAAGCAACUUAGUUCGUCCCCUUUAAGGAUGUUGAAGAUAUUUGGACUUGGUCAUCACACAGACGAGAAACAUGAGGACAGUCAUGUCACAGAGGACAUGGAGACCGAAAUUCCUGUAGUUGUUCAGAGUACUCCUCCAGUGUCUUCAAGUAUACGCAACAAUGUGGCAAGGGGUCCUGCACGACCUCUUCGACUUGUAUAUUGUGACGAGGGAGGGAAGUUUAGAAUGGAUCCCGAAGCAGUCGCUGCAUUGCAUCUCGUCAAGGGACCCGUUGGCGCUGUUUCUGUAUGUGGUCGAGCUCGUCAAGGCAAAAGCUUCAUCUUGAAUCAGCUGCUAGGACGAAGCAGCGGGUUUGAAGUUGCGUCUACCCAGAAGCCCUGCACCAAGGGACUUUGGAUGUGGAGUGCACCCGUUAAGCGAACAGCUCCGGAUGGAAGUGAAUACAACCUUAUUUUGCUAGAUAGUGAAGGCAUUGACUCUUGGGACCAAACUGGGCAAUACAGCAUGCAGAUCUUCUCGUUAGCUGUACUGCUCUCAAGUAUGUUCGUGUAUAAUCAGAUGUUUGGUAUUGAUGAGGCAGCACUAGACAAUCUGUCUCUGGUCACUGAAAUGACUAAACACAUUCGAGUACGAGCUUCUCAUGAUGUAACCUCACCAGAUGAACUUGGCCGGUUUUCUCCAAGUUUCCUUUGGCUCCUUCGGGACUUCUACUUUGAACUUGUCGAUGAUGGGCAUAAGAUCAGUCCUAGAGAUUAUCUGGAGUCGACACUUCGGCCUAUUCCAGGAACUGGAAAAGCUGCCGCAGCAAAGAAUGAGAUUCGAAGCUCCAUCAAAGCAUUGUUUCCAGAUCGUGACUGCUUCACUUUAGUGCGUCCCUUGGAAGAAGAGCAUCAGUUACAGCACCUUGACGAAAUCCCGAUGGACAAACUGCGUCCGGAGUUUCGGGCCGGAUUAGAUAAGUUGACAAAGUACAUUCUUGACAGGGCAGGACCUAAACAGCUCGGAUCAAUAACAUUGACGGGGCCUAUGUUUGCUAGCCUCACGCAGUCAUUUCUUGAUGCAAUCAAUUCUGGGGCCGUGCCAACAAUAGCUAAUUCUUGGCAGAGUGUAGAAGAAAGUGAAUGUCGACGUGCCUACGAGUUGGCUGUGAAAACGUACAGCGAGGAUUUCGACAAAACGAUUCCGCCCGAAGAGGCUUUGUUGCAAGAGGCUCAUGAAGAAGCUUUUCAAGCAGCCUUGAACACGUUCAACAUUGAAGCUGUGGGCGGAGGAACAUUACGAAAGAAGUAUGAGAAGGAACUUUACAAUACAGUAAAAAAACAGUUCGAGAGCCACAAACGCAAAUUACUCAUGGAAGCGGAGCUUCAAUGUUUGCGGGCCGCAGGCAGCUUGGAAGAAAGAACGUUAAAUGCAUGUCAUGCACCAAAUGCAUCUUUUGAGUCUGUUGUUAAGGUGAUAGAUGGUCUGGUGGCUGAGUAUGAGGUAUCGGCAGUUGGAUCUUUCAAGUGGCAGAAACUUGUUAAAUUUUUGCGAAAUAGUUUGGCAGGGCCUUUAGAAGACCUCGUGAAGCGGGAAAAGGAUACGAUUAGAGCAGAAUAUUCAGCAUUAGAGUUACAGAUCAAAUCUAUGGAGGAGAAGUUUGCUUUCGGGCACAAACAAGUGGAAUCUGCUCAGAAGGAUGCCCAAGAUUGGAAGAAGCGUUACGAGUCGUCGGUCAAUGACGCCAAGAAAAGCUCAGAGAGUGCUGCUACACAGCACGCCAUUAUGCAAAAGAGGAUCACGACGCUGGAGGAGAGACACACUACAAUCACAUCUCAGAUGGAUGAAAUCAAGAAGGAAGCAUCUGAAUGGCGAUCCAAGUAUGAGCAACUGUUGAAUGAACAUCGGAUGGAGCAAGAAAGGAGUGCGGCUGAAAACAAGCUUGUUCUGAAUCGAUGUACGAUCUCUGAGACUCGUUUGGCAGCAAUGCGAGAGCAGUUGGAGGCUAGUAAAGAGGAAGCCACCGAAUGGAGACAUAAGUACGAAACUGUAGAAGCAGAUACUAAAGCUGCUAUUGAAAGGGCCAACGUUUCGAAGGAUAGGGCUCUGAAACAGGCACAGCUUCGGGAGGAUGCGCUUCGGGCAGAUUUUGCUGCUGCCGUUGCACUAAAGGAUGGUGAGAUAAAAGACUUGCACUCCAAGUUUGAGCGUGGAGAGCGUCAAAUAGCUAUCCUAUCAUCUCGCCUUCAUGAACAAGAGGUAAAGCUUACAGGUCAAAUUGAGGAGUUGAUGACCCUGAAAACCGAAUUGCAGCAUUCACAUACUGAACUCGAAACAAAGACAUCUACGAUAGUGACAUUACAAAAAGACCUCGAAACAGCAUGUCAAGACAAAGUACAUGCUGAGCAACGAAUGGCUGAGGUUAUGAAGCGAAUGGAGGAGACUGAACGGCUCUGGAAAAUUGCCGAGAAGAGGGAAAAAUAUGCGUCCGAAGCUGUGGAGAAAGCUCGGAACGAAUUAUCAGCAAUACAGAGGGAAAAAUCGGAGUCUCAAAGACUGGCUUCUGAAAGACUAACAACUAUUGAGCGUUCAGAACGGAGGUGUGAUUCUCUUGAACGUGAGAGAGUUGAGCUUACUCAGACGCUCGAGCAUGUAAAAAUAUCCGAGAAGGAUGCGCUCUCCCGAAUAACAGCGCUUGAACUUCGUAUUGAAGAGCGAGAAAGAGAAAUGGAGAAGCUUCUGGAUGCUUCAAAUGAGCAGAGGCUCAAGACGGUGGAAUCCUUUGAGGCCUUAUUAGACAGCGAAAGAGCAGCAAAAAUGGAGGCUUCCAGUCGUGCCGAUAAGCUCUCGGCCCAGUUAACAAUUGUGCAAGGAGAUCUUGACGCUCUUCAGACGCAACUUAUGUCCGUCCGGAACCAUGAAACUGCAUUGGAUACAAAGCUGAAGUCAUAUACGGAUGUGUCAACCAUCUCCCCCAGUGAACAUACAGUUCGUAUCAAAAGGAUGCGAAUUGAGAAAACGUCAGAGGUGGGGGACAUGGAAAUCGACAAACACAAUUUACAAUCAUUGAUGAGGGGUAUAACAGACAAUAUCAGCAGCCGUGAAGAAAACCACGAAGGCCAUAAUUCAAAUGAAGACAUGAAUGAUAAUAACACAUCAAUGACGACUGAAGAUUAUCACAAAUUCACUGUGGCAAAGCUGAAACAAAAACUGACUCAAGCUGGGCAUGGAGAAGAAGUAGCACAACUCAAGAGCUCUGCGACAAAGAGAGAUAUAAUUGCUUUGUACGAAAAGCUCAUGUUCCCCAAUUAAUCUUUAAUAUUUCGUGGGCGCGCCUAAUCUGUAACAAUCUCAAUGCAGGCUCUUGUUCGCCGAGAAAUUCCGUUUAAGACUGCUAACCGUGCAAUUCUGGUAUAUAAAUUUCCCAGUUGUGCUGAUACAAGUACAAAUCGCUUUUUUGCAACAGUUGCAAGCUCUGCAACAGAGUGAAACUGAUAAUUAUUCGACAACUGCUUCCUUUGAUGUUCUUUGUUAUCUAUCACCACCACUCACAUUACAUAACACUAGUAAAGUUUCUGUAGCUUGGUUACCGUGUCCCAGUCACUAAGCAGUUGGAUAGGAUACUCUUGGUUGCGGAGGUAAAUGAGAUAGAAGAUUCAGUCCAUCUAUUGAGUACAGUGCAAAGUGGGAAAAUGAAAUUUCGAUAAUAGAGCUUGAGUUGACAAACACCGAUGUAAUAUAAAUAUUUCAUUGUGUGAAUAAACUAUUUUCCCUUCCUA